AUGGUUUCCAGAAGCAGUCAGGGAGCCUCAACGUCAUCACCAUCUUCUUCUUUAACACCUCAAUGGAAAUAUGAUGUGUUUCUCAGUUUUAGAGGCGAGGACACCCGUAGAAGUUUUACUGGCCAUCUAUAUGAUGCUUUGCAACAGAAAGGCAUUUUGACCUUUAGGGAUGAUGAAGGACUUGAGAGAGGAAAAUCUAUUUCACAAGAGCUCUUGAAAGCAAUAGAAGAAUCGAGGUUUGCUAUCGUUAUUUUCUCAAAAAACUACGCAUCCUCAACAUGGUGUUUGGAUGAACUUGCAAAGAUAGUUAGAUGCAUGAGAGAGACAGGAUUGACAAUUUGGCCAAUUUUUUAUGAUGUGCAUCCAUUUGUUGUACGGAAACCGGUGGGAACUUUUGAACAAGCCAUUAAUGAACACAAAAAACGUUUUAAACAUGACAUAACGAGGGUGGAAAUUUGGAAAGCUGCUGCUAAAGUAGCCAAUAUCUCUGGUUGGCAUUUACAAGGCAGGCAUGAGUCCGAAUUUAUCCAAUACAUUGUGAAAGAGAUGAUGAAGAAAUUGAGUUCUAAACCCUCAAGCAUUAUCAAAAACUUCAUAGCAAUGGAAUCUAUUAUGGCGAAAUUUAUCCCUUUAUAUUUAGGUUUUGAGAAUAAUGUUCGCAUGAUAGGGAUUUAUGGUAUGGGGGGAUUGGGAAAAACAACUCUUGCUAGAGUUGUUUACGAUGAAUUUCGUAGUCAUUUUGAAGGUUCUAGCUUUAUUGCUAAUCAGCUUCUUGCAGACAUUUUGGAGGACCGAAAUAUAUAUGUAAGGAAUGUUUAUGAUGGAGUUGACUUGAUUAAGGAAAGGUUGCAUCUUAAAAAAGUUUUACUUGUUAUAGAUGAUGUUGACCAUUUGGACCAAUUAACAAAUUUGGUUGGAGAACAAGACUGGUUUGGAUUGGGGAGUUGGAUCAUCAUAACAACUAGAGAUGAACAUGUGUUGAAACUACAUGGAGUGCUUAAUAGAUACAAUCCUAAUGGAUUAAAUAAUGAUGAUGCUUUAAAACUUUUUUGUUUGAAAGCCUUCAAAAAUGAGCAGCCCGAAAAAGGUUAUAUGCAACUCUCCCAAGCAGUUGUCAAAUAUGCUAGUGGCCUUCCAUUAGCUCUUAUUACUUUAGGUUCCUUUUUGUUUGGAAGAACAAUAGUUGAGUGGCAAAGUGCAUUAUACAACUUUAAAGAUACUGAAGGAGAAAUAUUUGAUAUACUUAAAAUUAGUUAUGAUGGACUAAAGGAAAUGUGGAAGAAGAUAUUCUUAGAUAUUGCAUGUUUCUUCAGAGGAUGGGAGAAAAAUCAAGUAAUAGAGAUAUUAGAGAAUUGUGGUUUUAAAGCAAGAAUUGGUAUAAGUGUUCUCUUGGACAAAUCUCUCCUAACUGUGAAUUAUAAGGGAUCUUUGGAGAUGCAUGAUCUACUACAAGAAAUGGGUGAAAAAAUUGUUCGUUUUGAAUCAGGUGGAAACCUUGAAAAGCAGAGUAGGUUGUGGCUUAUUAAUGACUUGCUUCAUGUAUUGGAGAACAAUAAGGCAACAGAAGCAAUUCAAGCCAUAGUUGUCUCAUGCUGGGAAAAGUAUUUCAACUUUGAAGAAUUUUCUGAAGGGUUUUUAAAGAUGUCUAAUCUUAGAUUGCUGGUAAUUAAAACCCAGGAUGUUCUCAUUAACCAAAGACAUCUUGCUCUUCCUAAUAACCUAAGAUAUCUUUCAUGGAGAGAAUGUCCUUUCAAAUGUUUGGCAUCCAGUCACAAACGAAUGGCGUUUGUUCAACUUGACUUGUAG